CCAGAUGUUCCGAGUGCUAUAAAUGCUAUAUUCAAGAGGACGGUUUUCCAUGACAUUAUUCGGCUAUUCCCAGAUGUUCCGAGUGCUAUAAAUGCUAUAUUCAAGAGGACUGUUUUCCAUGACAUUAUUCGGCUAUUCCAGAUGUUCCGAGUGUUAUAAAUGCUAUAUUCAAGAGGACUGUUUUCCAUGACAUUAUUCGGCUAUUCCCAGAUGUUCCGAGUGCUAUAAAUGCUAUAUUCAAGAGGACUGUUUUCCAUGACAUUAUUCGGCUAUUCCCAGAUGUUCCAAGUGUUAUAAAUGCUAUAUUCAAGAGGACUGUUUUCCAUGACAUUAUUCGGCUAUUCCAGAUGUUCCGAGUUUUAUAACUGCUGUAUUCAAGAGGACUGUGCCCAUGACAAUAUUCGGCUAUAUUUGGGCGAGUAUUUUAGGGUCAGGUCUAAAAGCGUAGUUCUCAACACAAGACAUGAAACAUGUGUUCAAAUGUUGUUUAGCAAAAUGAAGUUGAAAUCACUUUUACCAUACAUCAUCUUCUUCUCUGUUGCCAUCCAUAUCAUAAUUUUAUCUUUCUUCAGUUUGUACAAGAGCUGGACCAUAGGACAAAAAAACCCAUCAAAGCUUGAAUCCAUUUACUCGAAAACGUGGGACUUUCAUUUUAUACCACAUGCUGCCAACACAAGCCGGUCAAAACAUCGAUCGGUAACAACAAAUUACCCCACGCAUUUCAUCGGUCGAUACUCCCUUAACAAUCCACGUAUAUGCUUGCACAAUAACGUCGACCUUGUGUUUAUCGUUAGCAGUGCGUGCGACAAUUUCCAUCGCCGUGAAAUCAUAAGAUCAACAUUCGCUAAUCAAACAUUCUUCAAGAACUACACAAUAAAACUGGCAUUCUUUGUGGGAUCGACGACUUCCGGUGCCACGCAGCAAAUGUUAAUCACUGAACACCGGAACUAUGGUGACGUCAUACAAGGUCACUUCCUGGACACUUAUCACAAUCUUACUCUCAAAGUGAGCACGGAACUGCAAUGGCUUGUGACCUACUGUAAAAAUGCAAAUGUCGUGGCCAAGAUUGACGACGAUACCUUCGUCAACACAUAUGCAUUUUUGGAGAAAUAUUAUCAAAUUGCUUCAAGUAGAAACACGAUUUAUUGCGAUAUGAACCGUCACCUGACACCCAUCCGUCGACAGGGAAGAUGGCGUGUUACCAGCCAUGUUCUAAGUCGAUACAGAUUCUAUCCUUGGAAAUAUUGCCUUGGUUACGGGGUAUUUAUAAGUGGCAAGCUGAUAUCAAGGAUGUUUAAGGCAACGCUGGUGUCUCCAUUCCUCUGGGUGGACGAUGUGUAUUUUACAGGACCUCUCACUUCACAACUGACAUUCAAAUUUGUCAAAGUUGAGAGCAGCUAUUUUAAGAAGGAUUUACAGUGUUUUCUUGCACGGAACUGCUCUUUAUUAUUUGCAGUGGGCAAUGUUUCAGAGUUUCCCGAUUUAUGGAAACGUACCACUUCACACUAUGAGAUUUAUGUAUGAUAUACUUUGCACAGUUGCGUAAUCUAGAUUUGUGUAUGGAGUUUUCUUUUUAUCAUGUAUUGUCACAUGUUGUCAUGUAUUGUCACAUGCAUUGUCAUAUAUUGUCACAUGUGGUCAUGUAUUG